UUAACACUUUUGGGCUCCUUAAUUCCAUAUCAUCUACCAAAGCUUAUUGCUUUUCUCACUGCCCUAUCAAAUUGUGCACCCAAAGUUGUUAUCUUUGCGCUGCAAGAUGCGCAAUUGUUCAAGUGGGUAGCGGUUUUGGCUGCGUUUUGGAUUCAGGGUUCGAUCAAUGUCUACGCAUAUGGUUCUCCUCCUUCAGAGACCACCAUGCACACUAACAAUUGGGCUGUUCUUAUCAGCACCUCUCGCUUCUGGUUUAAUUAUCGACACAUGGCCAAUACUCUAGCCAUGUACAGGGCGAUUAAGCGACUUGGAAUACCUGAUGAGAGGAUAAUACUUAUGCUGGCAGAUGACAUUGCCUGUAUUGCAAGAAACAAGUACCCUGCUCGUUUUAACAAUGGAAACCAUAAACUUGACUUGUAUGGGGAUAAUGUUGAGGUAGAUUAUCGAGGUUAUGAAGUGACGGUUGAAAGUUUCUUACGUGUAUUAACUGGUCGCCAUGAGGCUGCCGUUCCAAAAUCGAAGCGCCUUUUAAGUGAUGAAGGAAGUAACAUUCUUUUGUACAUGAGCGGGCAUGAAGCAGAUGGGUCUUUAAAGUUUCAAGACUCGAAAGAGCUCCGAAGUCAUGUUUUAGCUGAUGCCGUGAAACAAAUGAAAGAACAACGCGGGUUCAAGGAGCUGCUGAUAAUGGUGGACACUUGCCAAGCUGCCACUCUCUUCUCUCAGCUUCGAUCACCAGGUGUUUUGGCUAUUUCCAGUAGCAUGAAAGGAGAAAAGUCAUACUCGCAUCAGUUCGACUCUGAUGUUGGCGUCCCUGUUGUUGAUCGUUUUACAUUGUACACUCUCGCUUUCUUUGAGACAAUGCAUGACAAUGCUUCUGUGAGCAGUCUUUUUAAUUCGUACGACCGGAGCUUGUUGAUGUCGACUGCAUAUUACCAAACAGAUCUAUUCCAGCGUCGUCUUGAAAAGGUACAUGUGAGAGACUUCUUUGGAUCAGUCAUGAAAACCACACAUAUUUAUUCAGCCUAUGACGUUCCAAGGAAAAGUUACAGCAGAGCUGAACCCUUUGAUCAAUCAGCCAUCGGUGAUGAAAGAAUUCUGGUUGAAUCGAAUGAUCAGAAUUAACUCAGUGACCUGAAAUUAGAGGAUCAACAUGGAGCUUUCAGACAUAUGUGGAACAUUUUCAAUGACAAGGUCUGGAAAAUUGAAGAUGCGGAUUCAUUUGUGCAGUAUGGUUUGCUACUAGCCGUGCUUCCACUAUUGAUACUUUCCACAUGGCUAUUGCGGUGA